UCGGCGACGGAGUUGCCUGGUUGCAGCGUGGGUGGCACGUGCGCGCGUCUCGUCGCAUCUCGUCGACCCGGCCAGUUCGAUUCGAUUAAAGGCUUUCGCCGCAACCCUCGCUCGCCGCGCGAGCGGGGUGAGACCUCGUGCCGAGGGUCGUUAUGCGUCGAGCAUCGUCCUCCCUUAAUAAGCUGCGUACGGAAGCAUACGCGACGCGAGGAGAUGCGAUAAGCGUCGACGAUUCGUCCUGUAACACGUCGACGAGGAAUUGUGCCGCGAUCAACCGCUUAUCAUUUGAUACGUCGACACGCGCGUUCGAGAGGUAAUUCGAAAGGACCGAGUGAUGGUUUCCGUGAUCGUUUGUGUGCUCCGAUCAUGAUUCGAGAUAUCGUCACCCUUGUCCCGAGAGCGCGGAGAAUGCGAAUCUCUCGUGUGUCGCUGCUGCAACAACUCUUGAGAUAGCGAGAUAGUUGAGCUCGUCUCAGCAUCCUCGCAAAGCACGGCGGCCACUCGAUGAUCGCCUUUCUUUUUCGAGAGGACGAGGAAGCUGAGGACGAAGAGAACAGAGCGAAUCGCGAAAGGACGAAUGUGAUCAGCGAUGCCGUGCGAGAAAGCUGGGCGACGAGGGACGAACAGUCGAGGCAUCCUCGAAUGAGGGUAAACCGAUCGCGGAUACAACGAAGAUUAAGAUUAAGACGCGAAACCGGGAUCUUUUGUAACCCCGAGAAAGGCGUGACCUCGACAACAUGAUGUGGAAGGCAAAAUGGUCACGCUUCACCGAGUGCUUCUGCCGCCGACCCGGCCUCGUUCUGGUUCUGUUACCAUGCCUGAUUGUCGUCACCCUCUAUCUCGUUCCCGACGACAGCUACGAAUUCGACGUACAGUAUCCGUCCUUCAAGUCGUAUAACAUUACGGAAGGCAUGGUGGACGGUUACCUCGUAUGGAAUCCAAAGUGUCACAUGCUGUCCAAAGAGCCUCUGGAUCCGUCCAUCACGAAAUUCGUGAGGAAGGAAAAGUUGCAGAAAUGCCCGAACGAUCUCGUCCUCUCGCAAAUUUCGAGAGAACCUAACGGCAGCGUUUUUCUUUCUCUCGAUCCGGCCAUACACAGCGACACAAUCUGCUGCUGGUCAUCCAUAACCAGGCCCAAGGUGGAUAAGUCCAAGAAGAACAACUACGAUUCAACGAUAUCAGUCAAGCAGUGCGAGAACUUCACGAGGCAAGUGGUACUCCCGCGCGAAGUGGAAGUAGCGCACGUGUCGUGCAAAGCAAAGACCAAGUCGAAACCUAAGACGAAGACGAAAUCAUCAAUGAAGACGGUGUACGAGAAUGUUCACGCGAUCUUGAAUCCGGAAAAGGUGCGCGAUCGCAACGGCAGCCAAUCUGGGAACUUCUCGAGGAAGCUGAGCGUGCUUGUCCUCGGCAUCGACAGUGUCAGCCGACUGAACUUUUACCGCGCUAUGCCCAAGACCGAGAAGUACCUGAGCGAGACCGGUUGGAUCAGUUUGAAGGGCUACAACAAGAUCGGCGACAACACGUUUCCGAACCUUAUGGCGAUUCUAACGGGUCAGACGCUACAACAGGCGUACUUGCAAUGCAAACCGACGGUGGCCUACAAGCUCGAUAACUGUCCUUUCAUCUGGCAUAAUUUCCGCAAUGCCGGCUACGUCACGGCCUACGGUGAGGACGAGACUGCCCUCAAUACAUUCAACUACCUCAAGGUCGGCUUUGUCGAGCCGCCUACGGAUUACUAUCUGAGACCUUACAUGCUGGCCAGCGAGAAGCUUCUCAAGGUUAAGAAAAGAUUUAACCUGAAAUACUGCACCGGUCCCGAGCUGAGCUUCGAUCGGAUUUUCGACUACGCCGUGAACUUCGCUCAGACAUUUAUUGGCGUGCCGUACUUUGGUUUCUUCUGGACGAACACCAUCAGCCACGACAACAUGAACGGCAUCUCAUCAAUAGAUAGUCGCAUGUUGAAGAGAUUUGAACUUUUGGAGCAGGACGGGAGCUUGAAUGACUCGAUGAUAAUCUUCCUGAGCGAUCAUGGUAUGCGAUGGGGCGAGUUUCGCACGACCUUCAUGGGCUGGUAUGAAGAGAGAUUGCCAUACAUCUACAUUUGGCUACCCGAGUGGUUCCGUCGAGAGAAUCCUGAGGCCUAUCAAGCCCUUGUGGUGAAUCAGAAUCGACUCACUUCUCCGUAUGAUGUUUACGAAACCCUGAGGGACAUCCUCGUUGUUGGAGGCAGCGAUGCCGAUCCUAGUCCGGGAUGUUCCACCUGUCAGUCUCUCUUCGCGCCUGUUCCCAGAGAGAGAGGCUGCCAGGACGCGGGAGUGGCUUAUCAUUGGUGUACCUGCACGGCCUUCAAACCAAUCAAUGUCAACGACAGAAUUGCCAUUGCCGGUGUGCAAAAGUUUCUGGACCACGUGGAAAACAUUGUGAAAAACUACAAGGACAAGAAGGGCCGACGAUUGUGCGCGCGACUCAGACUGAAGAAGGUGCAUCGGGUGAACGAGGUGAUUGAUUUCGGCGCGGAAAACUCGUCCAGUGUCGUGUAUUUCUACAUGAUCCAGACGACGCCUGGCAACGGUAACUUCGAGAUCACUAUCAGAUAUUUCGGCGAUAGCAAUUAUACCUUGUCCGACAGCGAAGUCAGCAGAAUCAAUCCUUACGCCACCAGCGCUAGCUGUCUAAAUCGUGGCAUGAAGCAGUACUGUCAUUGCUUGAAAUAAAUGUUGUGAAUUCUCGAGAAUUUUUCAUCUUGCGCGCGUUGUACUUCAUUAAUUUCGAAUGAAUCAAUCACUGCACAAAAAAGCCUGUUCUUGAAUCAGAAAAAUUAAAAUAUUCAAAAGUGUAAUUGUAUCCUCAAAUAGCAAAGAGAAUAUUUAGAGAACAACUUUUUUGAAAUGAAAAGCUUGCAAAACCAUUGCAAGAAGUUUCCUUUUUUUAACGUAUAUUUUUUUACGACCGAUCGAUUUAAUCAAUAUUUUUAUUAAAUAUCUAAGAUUACAUUUAUGUAGUUAUUUUUAAGUUGUACACGCAAAAGCGUGAGGCAUAGUUGCACUGAUAUGCUUAGUACAUAUCAAACAUACCAAAAAUCAAUUGCCUCAAGGAACUAGGGACCUGAGUGGAUAUACAUGAAUAUACCUUCUCAUUCAUCAAGAAUAAUUAAGAUUAGAUUUCUUUAGGCCACUUGGCACUUAAAUGAUAUACAAUAAUUCAAUAGUCAGUUCGAUAUUAAUGAAAUGAGAAAUUUUUUUUCAUCGAUACUUCGAAAUAAAAUCAUUAUUGAUGAAUGAAAAUUAAAUAUGAGCUAAAUGUCAAAAAUUUCUAGUUAUGACGAGAAACAUUUCAAGUUACAUAUUUUUGCACAUGAGCGUUACUAUAAAAAGCUUACAAUAUUAAAUUAAUAAUAAAGUACUUUUUCAAUUAUGAUAUUUGAAGUAUUGUGCGUAUUCUAUGCGUCACGCAAUUCUAUAAAUAUCAUUUUUGACAAUUAGCUGAUAUUUGUUAUUCACUUUUCAUCGUUAUAGCUUAAUAGCGAAAAAAAAAUUAUUCGAAAGAACGAGCACAUCGCGUGGAAAAUCACUUUAAUAAAUAUCUCUGCAAUUUGUCACGCAAUUAAUUUUCACGCAUAAUGUACUGCGGUAUCGUACACAUCUUGUACCAGAGAAUGAGCAUCGUUUUUGCGAUAAUUUUUUCCACGCAUUGCGCUGCAUCGAUCGCGAAUGUAUAUACAUACGUCGUUCCGUUCGAAAUCAAUGUACGUUAAAGAUGCAUGAAAGCAUAAGUGUCGGUAUAACCAUGCAAGAACAUACUAUGAACGUACGGAAGUACGUGAAUGUAUUUUUCGCAACGGCACUUGUUCCGUUUUACCGAUGUUGUAGUACAUGGCAUUAGCUGUUUGUUAGUAACGCGUGCCUGUCUUACAAGAAGUGCCAAAUCCGUUCUAUGCUAACCGAGCGUUAAAACAAACUUCCUUACUUCCGGCACCGACAGCGAUCAUGACAAUUUUAAGAUAAUGAAAAUUAAAAGAAAGUUUACGAAAGUGAAAAUUAAAAAAAAUGAACGAGAUCAAAAUAUUACUUUUAUGAUAACAAAAACAAAGAUAAUAGAUCUGAUGUGUGUGUGUUUGACAACAGUUUUUAUUUUAAAGAAUUAUAAAUUCUUGAGCGAACUCACUCAUUUCUUCUGAUGAAAAGUUAAAAAAGAUUAUUAUCUGCUUGUUUUGAUAUAUAUAAAAUCAAUUAUAUUAUUUAUAAUAUUCUUUAGAAAAAAAAAUUCCUAUAUAUUUUACUAUAUAAAGCGUAUGAUCGCCUUCGUGUACGAGGAGUAUGGAAUUGUACGUAUAAGAUGGAAAAUGAAGGCCAAUGAAUAUAUCGCAACAUAUAUUUUACUACGACGUUACGCUUUAUUCUGAUGACGCGAGGGUGUAAGAUUUAAUAAUUAGAAAACAAUGUAAUUAACGAGUACUUCAAGAUUAUUGGGAUGGAGACUAUUUGAUCUCCGUCGAAAGUCAGCCAAGCUAGAUUAAAACGAAUUCCAUAGAAUUACAGAAAUAUAAUUUAAUUGCAAAAGCACUUUAGCAUCAUAUUCUUCGAAUAUAAAUCCUCGGCUAUAAGAGGUAGUGUCAAAGAUUUAACGCAAACUUAGUCACUUUACAAAUGAAAUUGUUAAAAUAUCGGAAACCGUCUAUACAAAGAUUUUCGUAUAUGUCUUUGAGAAUAGAUUGUUUUUACGAUAAAUCAUUAGAUUAUUAUUAAACAUCACAUUAAUCAAAAAUGUAUUUUACUUUCCCUCUCUUCCAAAUGUACUCUCUUACAGAAUUCAAUCGAAUAUGA